UCAGGUCGCGACGGGUGUUCAGUUCACAGGCGAGAGCCGUGGCGCGCGGUUCGCUUGUGUCGUAGUGUCGUCAUUGUUGUCGUCCGUCGUCAUCACGUCGUUAUCCUUUUCGUCCUUGUCGUCACGUUGUCGUCUAACAUUGUUUACUCUCUCUCUCUCUCUUUAACUACUUCGUAUGAUCGCACACGUUAUUUCACUCGGUUCAACGAGCUUUCCUUUUACGAUCGUAUCUGAAGUCGUAUCUAGAGAAACGACUCAUCAGACCCUUUACGCAUUACGUCUCCUCUACUCUUGCCUCAUUCUCUCGUUAAAUAAGAAACGAAAAUUUCUUUUCUUUCUUAGAAAAGAGGAAGGAGAGAGGGAGAGAGAGAGAGAGAGAGAGAGAGAGAAAGAGGGACUACAAAGAAGGACCAAAGUGAUAUUUUUCUUUUAAAAAGUUUCCACGUGUGUGAUUAAUCAAAGAUUUUGAUCAGUGUUUUCAUUUUUUUUUUGCUCCGGACGUAAGGAUCAAAGUGUACGGAGACGUGUUAAUUUUGUUCGAUUUGUGGCAGAAAUUAAAAACGAUCGAAGGAUUGAAACUUCGAAUUGAAAUAAACGAAAAAGGCUCUUAAGAAAAUCUGCGUACGAGAAAAGUGGCAACUUUGACCGAUAUAUCCCGUAUUCGCGUGGACGCUAUUUUGUACGGGAUACGUCCGUAUAUCGGUCUUCUCUUUGGUGCUACGAGUUUUUCUUUUUUUUUUUUUUUUAUUAUUUUUCCUUCUCUCUUUCUCAUUUCCUCUUUCGCGUGUGACAGUGAAGAUACUGUGUGUGCGGCGUAAAACGGAGGAGCAAUAAAAAAGGAAAGAGAGAGGAGAUCACGAGAUAGAUAGAACGUGAUCGGAGAAACUUUUCAACGCUGGAAUUAUCUAAGGAAGGAGGGUACGCAAAGAGAAGAGAAAGAGGAGGGAAAAGGACGAAGGAAGAAGCCGACUGUUAAAAACCGGAGGCAAGAACGCGAAAGCACUUCUUACCAAGUGAUGCACUGAUCAUCGUUUUGUAAAAGAGAGAGAGGAAAAAAAGAAGAAGAAACAAUGAAAUUUUUGGCGUUAUCGUUCAUUCUUUUCCUCCUUAACAACGUUUUCUGCGUCGAGUGGAAACACAGCGCAAUCUUGGACAAUAAUUUUCUCGUCCUCUGGACGCCAGGCGACAAGGAAGUAACUUUUGAGAUUCAAGUGAAGACACUCGGCUAUGUCGGGCUUGGUUUCAAGAAGGAGGACGGUCGAGAGGGAGCCGACAUGGUCAUUGGUUGGGUGGACAACAACGGUCAGGUUCAUCUGCAGGAUCGACAUAUGAAGGAUGUGAGCAAGGAUCCAGAGGUGGAUUCGAGCCAAGAUUAUCGUCUCCUAUUAGGUUACGAGAACAAGACGCACACCGUGUUACGUUUCAGCAGAAGAUACGACACAUGCGACUCCAGGGAUCUCAAGAUCACGAAUGACACGAUGCAAGUGGUUUGGCAGUAUCACGCGAAGGAACCCGCUUCAGUGGCUGGUGUUCUGCCUGGUCAUGGUGCGGUAAGAGGAUCUAGGCCAUUGUAUCUAGUUCAGAGAGAUACACAGCCGAAACGUUCGUCUCACAAUCAAGAGAGCGAGCCCAUACUGAAGACCUGGGACGUAUUGAAUCACCAGGUCAUACUGCCAAGAGACAAGGAUUCGUUACUUUGGUGUCGAAUAAUAAAAAUGCCAAACAUUAAUCGCAAGCACCACGUUGUCAAGUACGAGCCGGUCAUCGAACCCGGGAAAAACACUUACUUGCACCAUAUGACUCUGUACGAGUGUCCUAUUAAUAAUCCUCAGCUCGAAGAGGCCUCGAAAACAACUGGCAGUACUUGUUAUAAAGACGACAAUGCGACGCAAUGUAACACGAUCGCUGCUACAUGGAGCUUGGGAUCCGAGGGCUUUAAUUAUCCGCCCGAGGCUGGCUAUGCUUUGGAUCCUGACAACGGUUCGCGUUACUACAUGCUCGAAACUCAAUACAUCAAUCCUCAGCAAUUAGUAAACGACAACUUGGUAGUCAGUGACAGCUCGGGAUUGAGAUUGUAUUACACCGAUCAACUGAGACUUCACGAUGCCGGUAUUUUGAGCAUAGGCAUUGAUCCUAAUUGGAGACACAUUAUACCACCUGGACAGCCCGAAGUAGUCUCCGAAGGUCAUUGCAUAGCCGAGUGUACCGGACAAACUAUACCUAAUAGCGGGAUAAACAUGUUCGCGGUAAUUAUGCAUACCCAUCAGCUAGGAAGGAAAAUCAGAUUCAGACAGAUUCGUGCUGGGGAGGAACUUCCUCCGAUCGCAUCGGAUACCAACUACGACCCAACAUAUCAAGAGUAUCGCAAGCUUCAACGUCCCGUUAAAGUUUAUCCGGGCGACCACUUAGUCGCGGAAUGCACGUACUCGUCCGAGUCCCGUUCAACUAUUACGCUCGGAGGUUUGAUGACGAGACAAGAAACUUGCCUGGUAUCCGCUCUUUAUUAUCCUCGGAUCGAACUAUCGAUCUGCUACUCUUUGCCAUCUUUGCCGACCGUCUUGCAAAGCCUCGGCGUCCAGAAAGUCAUCCAAGAUUCGACUUUAGUGAAAAUCCAGGAACCUAAGAGCCUUUCCGGGAUGACCUUGGAGGAUCGUCUUAUAAGUUACGACUGGGAGACGAGUUUCCAAAGCUUCCAAGAAGCUACCAGGGUUGGUACGUUCAUGCCACUGUGUUGGACCAACAAGGGCGUCCUACAGGGAACGGAAUCGCUGGUAGCGCACUAUCCGCGAAUUCUCUACUCCUACGAGGAGUCCAAUUUAGCUUGCUCGGACAUGGGCUAUCCCAUGGACGCUGAAAGCGACGAAGCAAAUGCGGUCGAACGUGGACAGUUGGUACGAAGCAAGGUAUCGAGAAGCAGCGAAGGACCAACCGCCGCAAGUUCUCCUUCGAUUUCUGGCCCAUACUCCUUGCCAUUGAUCCUUGGCACGACCUUAUUAAUAGGACUCGCGGCUGGACUUAGGUGAACUAUCCUGAUCGGAAUUCGCGCGAUCGUUCCAAAUUCGAAGAGGCACUUUCGAGGAUCCGCGGUGUGAGAAAUAAAGAAAGAUGAAAUAAGAGGUAGUAGACGAGCGAGGAGCUAAGGGCGAAGGCGGAAUAAAACUAAAGGAGAGACUUCUUCCGCCUUUGUCUCUCGCUCUUGGAUCUUCGAUCGGGCUCUCUCAAAGACCAGGGUCUGCUCCGUUCGAUACCGUUUCCGUUUCUCUCCCUUCCUAUCUCUUGUGGAUCGAGCUAGUUGCGGAUCAUCGCGGAUCAUCGUGAGAUCGCGCGGCCCGUGAGUACGUGCCACGAGUCCUUUUGGCACUUGUCGCUUAAACUUAACGCGACACGUUAAGAACAUUUCUUCUCGACAGUUAUCCUUGACGAAUGAGAAACGGCUCGGGCUUUCAUAUAUUUCGGGGAAUAAUUUGUCAAACUAUCUUUCUUUUCGAGCUAUUAUUCGUCGCGAAGAAGGUGUCUAUGAUUUUUCUUGUUUCUAUUUACUUACUCAAAGUUUCCCCUCAUGAAUCGAAGCUCGAGUCGAUAAAGAAGAUUUUAAUAUCGCACGGAUCUCGUUACGAUCGCGUUUUUUUUAACCAUUAUUAUAGAUUUACGUUCCUGCGAUGUUAUCGCGUGUAAUUUCACGUGAAAGAAUCGAAUGCCUUUCGGCCUUGAGAGAGAGGGAUGUUGGAAAGAAUCAAGAAAAAUUCUCCAUGAAUAUCCGAUAUUUUCAUAGGGCUUUAGUUUUCUAUUCCGAGGAGACGAGAUAAACGUCGAUAAAAUUUAAGAAUAUCUCAUUGAAGAAGACCCUGAGAAAUGGAGAAAAAGAAAUAAAUGUUAACAUUUAUUUUUCUGUUUUCUUUUUUUACCCCUUUUUUUUUCUCUCUCUCUCUCUCUCUCUCUCUCUUUUUUCACCGUAAAACGCGUCGAUAAUAGAGAAAAAACCGUUCGUUUUAUCCUACUCGAGGAAAUUUCUGAGAUAGUCACUUUGCAGCUCGUUCAUCGUGGUUGCAUAACGCAUGCAGAAAUAGCGUACACUUCCCUAUUCCAGAUCCUUCUUCGUCGUAUCUUGCGUAAUGUCCCGAUCGAAGAAAAUCAAUGACGGGCUAACAUUCCUAAAAACGCGCCGAUAUAAUUUCUGAUAUUUUUUAUACGAGCAAGAAAACUCAUCGAAAAAUAUUUCGAAUCGAAUCAAGUUUUCUUAAAAAAGAGUUCUCUCUCACGCGAACGCAAACAUUUUUAUUUGCCUCCUCUUUGAAAUAUCUAUCUCUUCCUCUUUCUUGCUUAUUGAACGUGAAUUUUUUUUUUUAAUUGAAAUUUCGAUCGACGAUGCAAAGAGUUUCCUCGAAACGAUCCCGUAAGCGUUGAGAAAGACAAAUUUACAUCGUAAAAGCUUCGACAUUUGAUACGAGCACGACGAUGCGAAUUUAUUCGAUCUCAGUCGAAAAGGCCGAAAGGUAUUCUACGCGUAAAGAGAUCCACCGUAGACUCUCUCUUAAAUUCGUUUCCUUUUUAUUAACUUCUUUGGAAGAAGUAUCGAGAUAAAGAUUAUUGUUGAUUGUUUAUUUACCGAUUCGGAAGUCGAACGAAAUAUCUUUCUAUCUCUUAUUAAUAUGAGAACGCAGCUUUUUAUUCGAUAGAUCUACUUUUCGUAAGCUCACCUCGUAAACGUUGCGAAUCUCUCGCCAUUUACGUUUCUCCCCGAUUCGUUCGACUUCCGACUCACGAUUGUAUAUUUCGUUAAUUAGGCUACGUUGCAAAUGAGUUUUUACAAGAUCGUAUAAACAUUGGUUGAUUUGCACACACGAACACAUAAAUACACUCACGUAAACACAUAGACACACGACCCAGAGCGAUGUUUUCUACUUUGUAAGCUCUUUCGUGUAUCUCGUUAUACAUUACUUUUUGUUAACUCUUGUGUUACUUAACCAACGUUUAUAUACGGACAUAUACACGAACGGAUAUAUGCAUAUAAAUAUAUAGAUAUAUAUAAAUAAAUAUAUAUAUAUAUAUACAUAUAUAUAUAUAUAUAUAUAUAUAUAUAUAUAUAUAUAUAUAUAUAUAUAAAUACAAAUAAGACGAUUAUCUAUUCGACGACUCUGUGUAACAUUCUGUACAGUUUAUUAAUUAUAUGUAAUAUUGUUAAAAGCGCUUUCCACGUUCGACGUGUCGAACGAACGAAUUAUUAUUUAUUUCUUAUUUAAUUGUAAAAAGUAAAGAAAAGAAGGGGAAGAAGAGAUUAUCUCGAGGAUUUGCGAUGUUUGACAAUUAUUGAAUUGCCAUUGAUAACACAUAAACACACGCGUCAACACAAUCCACAAGUACUCUUUGCGAAUGUAUUCGUACCUAAAAAUGGAAGCGUGUACCUUUUCCAUCCGUUUACCAUCCCUUAAGUCUUUCAAUUUUAUUCGAAUUUCUAGCUCACGCUUACCCUGUGUAAGCGAGUUCGUGACGCAUAUCUGAAAACUAAUUUUUAACAUACUCGAUGCGUCAACUAUUCGUCCACCCGAUGUAUUUCGAUCUAUUAAAUUAGACAAAGUAAAGGAAUUUUGGUUACUCGUUCGUCGGUAGGAUGAGAUUAAAUGGAAGUAAUAACGAAUAUAAUUAUUACGAUUUCUUUGCAAAAAAAAAUAUUUUCUUGCGUUUUGGAUUCGAUUAAAAAAUACAAAACAGUUGUCCGGAAUCAUUUUUAAUCAUGAUAAGAAAGUAUCUACAUACUUUUGGGUAUAAUCACUCUAAAUAGUAAUAAUUACACAUAAAUCCAUGAGAAAGACUAAGUUUCGAAACUGCCAAGAAAUAUCCUAAAGCACGAAAAUUGAACAAAGGUACUACUAAGAGUAAAAGAUUUUAUACAGAUUCAUUGAUACUAAGUGAAUAUGAAUCGAACCAAGCGAUGGAGCUCGAUUUAGCGAAAACGAAGAAAAGAAAAAAAAUAAUUACAUUGAUUUAUCCUCUUUGCUUUCAAUCCUUGCUCAUGCACUUGAAAAAAAAAUUUAGGAUGCUAAUUAAUCGAACUAGAUCGAUAUGAUACACGUAGCGAGACGUUUUGCAAUUUAAUACCACGAUUAUUCGUAAAUGUCAUAGGAAAAUCUAUGUACGUAGUAGAGGUACUACUUUUAGGGCAAUCAUGUGGGUGUCUCUCUCUCUCUCUCUCUCUCUCUCUCUCCCUCUCUCCCUCUUCCCCCUUAUCUCUCUAUUUCUAUCCCUAUCUUUUUUCUCCAUCUUUCCAUUGCGAUAGCACUUAUCGAGACGUUGCUGGAAGAAGAACUUUCUUUGUUUUUUUCUUACAACUAAAAACGUUAAUUAUCAACAAAGCAAAUAUUUUUAUCGCUCUAAAUGACAAUGAGAUAAAGCAAACCGAUCUAUACCUAUAAAUUGAUCGAAUCUACUAUUCUGCGUUUAACCGAUUUUCAUCUCCUAUUAUUUCAAUUACUAAUCUGCGUGCAGCACGAAGAAAAAUCGAAUUUUUCGAGCACCAGCUCGUUCGAAUUUAGUGCUACGAUCUUUUACAAAAGGAAGGACUGCGUUAAGAUGAUUCCUCGGCUCGAGGAGAUAAGCAUUACGAUAAGCUGCCGGUGAUAUGAUCAGAACAAUCAAGAAAAGUUUAAGCUGGAAAUAAUUACGAUAAUUAGGCGAAUCUCUAGAGAAGGAUAUUUAUGUAUUUAUACUCGAAUCAUCCUUGCAUCGUGUGUAUGUUUAGCUCGUUCUUCGUCAUGGUUUCCGCCAUUUAUCGCGAUCUCGCAUAAACGCUCAUAAUUGCGAGAACACUGGAUUCGGAGGACGAUAAGAUCGUAAGUGAAAAUUUCAAUACGGUGUCUAUAGAAAUAAAUUAAUCGUUGAACUUUAAAGUCCAGAAAUCGAUAGAUGGAAGUGAUUAUUAGAGAGUCGAUCGAUUGGUACUCUUAAAUUUAAUAUUCCUUCGUUCGGAUCGAAAAGUAUGCAUGCUCAACUAUCAGAUGUUCUAGCGAGAACGCGAUGAGCGAAAGAAAUCUUUAAAAAUUGUAUGUACUGUAUGUAGAACGAUGUAGCUCUUAUCACACAGAAUGCUAUCGACGCCUAUUAGUGUGUUAUGGAUAAUAAAAAUUAUGCAAAAAAAAAGAAAAUAAAAAAAAAAAGAAACGAAGAAACUAAUGUAUCUCGGACGAGGAAACAUUUCUUUUAUGCGCGAAUGACAUCAAGUAAGGAUAACGGAGUGAAUAGCAUGUGCGCGUGUAUAUAGGUACCCUGUAUAUAGUUUUAGACUUAAAUAAUAACGUCCGAAAAUUCCAAAAUAGGCGAGCCCCUUAUCCUUUACACACGUAACACAGCCGCAUACAUAAACACAUUGAUACACAUUCGACUCUAAUUCCGAUUGAAUAGCUAAAUAUAGAUAUCUUGUAUCUUUAUAAUUUACGUUAGUAUAUACUAAUAUAUAGAUAAAUACACACACACACACACACACACACACACACACAUAAGUGUGCGCUCGCGUGGAUGUGUGUACACUGUACAUAUACGUAUGAGUAUACGUACGCCUUCGUACGUUUAAUAUACCUAUGUAUUGUAUUUAACACAUCUAUCAUGAAUACACUCACGCAUACACACUCAUACAACCCCUGAGAGAAGCCAAUCUUCUCCUUAUAUUGCUCUUACAAUUAGAUUUAUACCUUACCCAUAAUAAACACUUAAUAUUGACGACAUCUAAAACGCUACACUAUCAUCUACUCUGUAACACACAAAUUGUAUUAUAUUUUAUAUAUAUAUACAUAUAUAUAUAUAUAUAUAUAAAUAUGUAAAUGUUUUUCUAUAA